UUUUUUUUUUUUUUUAAUACUGGGUUAGGCUUGUUCGUGUAGCACUCCUCACAAGUGGUUUGGUGUACUUUUUUUGUUGGUGGUGAGAUGAAACUGCCAAAACUCUGAAAGGUAUUAUUGUAUGUCAGAAUUGCAACAAGAUUUUUUCAAGCCUAAAAUGUUAGUCCGCAAUCGUAACCUGGUGUUUGUAUGUUCACAGAUGAAAUUUCACGUUUACGUGUCAUGUUUCACGCAUGACUUUUCUUACUGAUCCUUAACGAUACGUACGUUCAACCUUUUGGCAGCUAUCUGGCUCCGUACAUAACGCUUUCAACCAAGAGUUUACAAUAGCUAAAAGCUUACGAUUGCACCGCACUGAAACGUUUUAGAAAUUUUUGGCGGAUGUUUGCCUGCGAUGUUGUGAUUGGUGGGAGGCUCAUGACGUUAUACGUCGGUCUUGGUGUUUACGUAAUGGAUAAAAAAAAUUAAGUGGUUUGGAACGCUGAUUGGUCAGAAACAACACCCACGGAGUUUUGCAUCCGUCAACAACCAGUUGAUGCAUUUUCAAUCAAGCUACAGCACUGAAACGACCUACAAAUAGUUCUCUCGGCUAUGGAGGCGAGAUGUGCUGUUGUUGAGACUUGGGCUGAGUUCGGAUGUCCUUCGCCGGGGACAGCUGCUAACGUGAUCUGGUCUGGGGAAGAUGUGUUGAUUUGUACUGGGAGCGACGAGGUGUUGGUCUUCAACACACAAGAGCUUAAACUGACGGCUGUCCUUCAGUUCCUGAGUCCAGUGUGUCACAUGGUGCUGAGUGAGGACAAGCAGUCUGUAUAUGCUGUCUGUGAGAGUGAUGGGGUGUACUGUGUCAGUCUACCAACUCUGCACCCUAGGUCUCCCACUCCCCCAGCUGACCAAUCCCCUGGCCCUGCUCUGUUCAAGGUGUCGUCUAAUUCGCUGGCAGCCAGAGACAAGGGGGUGUGUUCUCUGAUUGAGGUGGGAGGGUCCGGAGGGACCUUGGUGACUGUCUCCCUGAGAGACGCAGCCUGGUGGUUUACUCUGUAUAAAGCAGCUGACCACCAGAAACUGACUCAGUUUAGUCUACCUGUCGUUUCAGUUGGUCACCAUGUCGAAUCAGAGGGAAAUGGUGCCGCAGGACUGGUCAUGCGACCUGUGUUAGCUUGCGUUUACUGCAGUGAUGCACCACCCUUGUCAUCAUCCUCAACAACAACAAAACUACCACCUUUGUCAUCAUCGUUAGGCGGCAAACAUUUUUUCCUGGAGCCUCUCCUCUUCAAGCUCCUCUUCGGCGUCGACGCUGCCCUCAUCAACUCCCCCAUGAUCCUUUGUGGCCUUCCUGAUGGGCGUCUCUGCUCCCUCCCCUUACUUCUCCCAGGACGAUCAGGCUCCUGCGUUAGAGUUCUACACAGCAUGGAGCAGCCAAUCACGUUUAUCGGAACCACAACCGGGACAAAUGAUGGUCCACAGUGUUUGGUGGCAGUAGGCCAAUGGGGGAGGGUGGUGCUGGUCAGAACCUGUGAAGGGGGGCCGGAGGAAGGGAGCAAGGUAGCAGCAUUAACAGAGGGGUGUGUGUCGGGGCCUGUGGUGUGUGUGUGUGCAGGCAGGGAGGGCCUGUACUACAGCACAGGGUCAGAUCUUCUAGCCCUGGAUCUCCCAGGGGUGCGAGAGGCAGCUCCAAAGCCAGAAGAGAGCCUGGUGGUCGGCCACGGGGAGAGGCAAGGCCAGGGACAGGCCAUGGUGAGGGAGUCUGCUACCCUACAGAGUCCUGUCAGCCUUAAUGUCUGCAGGGUCAUUGCCCUGGCUGGGCCCUCACACAAUGCCUCAGGCAUAGUGCAGUUGGUGGCUUUGUCUCUCCGGGGGAGGCUCCAGCGUUUAACCCUGCCUAAGGGGACAGAGGUAGGGGGCAUACCCAGGCUCCCCUUAUCACAGGUGGGACAGAGAGUGAGGGACCUCCUUGCAGCCAUCGGCGAUGUGUGUGAGAGAGCAUCUGUGUUGAAAAGCACCAUCCAGUCCAAAAACCACUCCCUCAGACACCUGAAUCAGGUGCUCAAUGUCUGCUGCCUACUGCUAGCAAAUCAGAACAGUGGAGAGCAGCUCCCGGUCAGCAAGAAGCCAAUCAGGUGUCACGUUGUUGCCAAGUGGAGCCGCCUGCUACAGAGAGACUCCCUGAAUCUGACCUGUGUUCUGGACAAUUCUAGUCCUUACGUUCUAGAACGGAACUGGACGUUCUGUGUGCGAGUUCUACCAUUAUCCUACCCUCUUCCUGCAGGGGGGGAGAACGCCUCUCAAACAUUCUCAUUCCCAUUCCAGAAACUAGAGCCGGGUGGGAGAAUGGAAGUGUCGGUGCCCCUAACAGCUGCGGGGGACACAUCUUUCCCUGUGACGGUUAUCUGCUCGCUUUUCUACUCCCUGCAAAGCUUGCUGGGGUCUGAGGAGCUGUCCCGCCUCUUGGCCAAUGGGGAGCCGACAUCUUGUCUGGGAUUGGAGGGUGGAUGGGUCAGUCUGCCCCUUGACACACUGACAGUGGAUUGGCUGGACGCUCUGCAGGUGACCGGGACCACGCCCCCUCACAGGGACCCAAACAGACCCUCCAUUUCCCCGGAUAUCGUCUCGAUGGAUAUCGUUGAGGCCUUCCUGAGCACCCGUAGGAUCAGGGGUUCUGGGUGGGGGGAUAGAGAAGGAGGAGGAGAGAGGAUGGUGGCCUCUGAUGGGGGGCUGUUUUCAGCAAGCAUCAAGGUCUCAACCGAGCUACUGAGAGGGACACUAGGACUGGAGCCACCAGGCUCUGCUGGCCCUUCUCGGGGUGUGUGUGGCUCUGUGCUGGGCUGGCUGCUGUCACAGGGGACAGGAGGAGAGGACUGGAGGGGCAGAGGGGACAAGCGAGGACAGGAAAGCUCUGUGGUCUACGCACGGUGUCUUGGGCGACACACCGUCAAACUCACAGCCAAAGAAGUAACUGUAGGAGACACCAGUGUGAAGGAGGUUAAGGAGGCUGUGGAGGUGCAGGUGCAGUGCUCCUCUAUGGCAGCAGUGUGUGGACUACACCAUGCUGUGUUAAGCCGUGUACAGGCUCUGCUCCAGGGUACUGCUGGCACACAGGAGUCCUCUAUGGGAGUCCAGGGACUGGGCUUGAGACAGGCCCUACAGCGGGCACAGGUUUUAUCUGAGCAUCUCCAGGAGGCUCGUAUCCCAGAAGCCAUUGGAUUGGGAAUGACCACUGGACAGACCACCAAGACACUGUUCAGCAUUUAUAGGCAACUCAGAGAGAACCCUCUCCUCAUCCUCUGACACUUACCAUCCCACAUACGCUCCUCAUCCACAACAUCCUCAUCCACACAUUUACAAUCCUCUCCUCGUCUUUAUUCUCAGCCCCACACUCACUAUCCAAUACUUCUCCUGCAAAGGAGAAAUUAAUGACUGUUUGUCUCCCUCUGCUGUUUUAGUACACAAACAGCAUUUCUUUCUUUCUGUGAAUGUUUGUAAAGUAGUACAUAGCAGGUAGGUUGUGUGUGUGUGUGUGUGUGUGUGUGGAUUAAAAUGUACCUGUAAAAUUAAAACAACGGAUUUGAAGAGUCACUUCACUGACAACAUUAUCCACACACGAAACAUAACUUCUACACAUCUGAGAUUAUUUUUAUUGUAGUUUUUCAAAGUUUUUCAGAAAAAUUAAUAUUAGAAAAGGAUAAAACAAGAAAAGACAAAUGAAGUAUGUAUCAUUGUCAAGUGACAGGCUGUAAAUCACUAGCACUAUACUCUGCCUGUCAUGUUUGUUAAUGUUACGAUGCUGCGAUGCUAAUGAUGACUCAGCUACGAUAAAUUGAUGACUUUCUGAGUUUAUUACACACUGUCACUUGCUUACAAAGUCAGAAUUGGCAAAACGACAGGGAAGAAUGGGAAUGGUAGAGUGGAAACGAACAAUUGUGGUGGAAGAGAGUGUAAUAGACAAUUGGUUUAAGGCACAUUGGUUUUACACCAGAGUGUCUCUAUAGGUAUUUGUAGCAUUGUGUGUAUAGUAGUUCUGGAGUAUUUGUAGCUACUGUAGUAAAAAUGUAUACCAUUUAGCAGACACAUUUAUCCAAAGGGACUUACAGUCAUGCAUAUAUUUUACAUAUGGGUGGUACCAGGAAUCAAACCCACUAUCCUGGCAUAGCAAACACUAAAGUGCCAUGCUCUACCAACUGAGCUACAGAUGACCAGUAGACACUUCAAAACUGAAAACCCAAGCCAUGUUAACUCCUCUAUAGCCUCAUUUAUACCUGGCGCGAACAUGCAUCCUCUUUCCUGGUCUUUUCCACAUUCUGAUUGUGCCCACAUUUUCAGAAAUAUGUCUACACGUGGUAUUAAAAUGUUUCUCUUAUCCAUUUACUUUGACUACAUUUCCUGGUCCCUCCCUGUAUGCAAAUUAUUUGACAGUUAUUCUUUCAAAAUAGUAUUUAUGUCUUUAUUUUAAAGUGGCAAUCAGCAGUUGCUACAUCCAUUUUUGGACUUAUAAAUUAAGGAUAUGUACUCAUUGAUUCUUGAAGAACUGAGUGGAGCAAUGGUCUAAGGCACUGCAUCUCAGUGCUAGAGGUGUCACUACAGACUCUGGUUAGAUUCCAAGCUGUAUCAUAACCGGCUGUGAUUGGGAGUCCCAUAGGGCAGCGCCCAGUGUCGUUAGGGUUUAGCCGGGGUAGGCUGUCAUUGUAAAUAAGAAUUUGUUCUUAACUGACUUGGCUAAUUAAAUAAAGGUAAAAUCAAAAUAAUUAACUUAUAAAUGUCUCAUGAGCUUAGUUUAACUACCAGAACCCAAAAUAUAAGCUUAUUUUACUCCAAAGUAAAUUGUUUGUAAACAAAGUAAAUGUAAACAAACACAAUAUAGCCUGAAAACAUGGUUAAAACUAUAGUUUUGAUAUCAUGGAUGCUCAGUCCUUGCAGCUAUAGCUCUGUUUGUGAAUUUGAGAGUGGUUACAUUUCUCCAGCCCCAUCCCUCAGCCUUUAGUGUGCUUUGAUAUUGUUAAGACACAUAUUGAUGCCAUAAGUCAAUGGUGCCAUCUGUCAGUGAUUUUAGACGGUGGGAUAAUGAUGAUUUAAAUGGUUUCACUGUCCAGAGCCCGGUUUCCCAAAUGCACCUUAAGGCCUAAGUUCAUUGUUAGAACCAUAGGAUCCUAUGAUUCUAAGUUGAACUUAGCCUUAAUUAAGAUGCUUUUGGGAGACCAGAACCAAAUCCGUGUACACUUGUAAGAUAUCAGACCCACAAUGUGUCUUUGAAUGCAUCCAGUCUAUACGAUUAAAAUACUCAUUUUAAUACCAUGUAUAGACAUAUUUCUGAAAAUGUGGGCACAAUCAGAAUGUGAGAAUGUGGACCACAACAGGACAAAGGGCGCAUGUUAGCGCCAGGUAUAAACAAAGCAAUGUGUGGACAAUGGAA